AUGCAAAUUAAUUCAGUGUUAUGAUGCGCAUAUGAUGUCAGUACAUUAAUAUAUAAAGUGAUAACUCUUUGCUCUAAGCACAGUGCCUUCUAAGCAAAGGAAUUGAUAACAACUUCAUCAAUACUCUUACUUACAGAUCAAAAUGAGAUCCUUCCUCCUCGCUACAUUCGCAGCCUUGUUGGUUUGCUCUGUUUUUGCUAGACCUCAAGAAGAUAAAUAUACUAGCAAAUUUGAUAACAUCAAUUUAGAUGAAAUUUUGCAAAGCAAUAGAUUGCUCAACAACUAUGUAAACUGCCUUCUCGACAAAGGCAGCUGCACAGCAGAAGGAAAAGAAUUGAAAAAAGUCUUACCUGAUGCCUUAUCCAACGAGUGCGCUAAAUGUAGCGAGAAACAAAGAGAAGGAGCUGAGAAAGUAAUCAGAUUUUUCGUCAACAACAAACCAGAAGAGUGGAAGAAACUUUCUGCAGUUUACGAUCCAACCGGCGAGUACACAAAGAAAUAUAGCACCCAAAUUGAACAAGUGAAGAGAGGCGAACCCGUUACAGUUUAAAUUUCCAAAAAGAGAUUUCUCAAAAUAUUGGCAAGUCAUUUAGGAAUCAUAGUGUUAUUUUCACCUGUAGAUAUUUCUGUUUUUAAUAAUAAAAAAAAUGUAGUUGUAGGACAAAU